UAAUAAUAAUAAUAAUAAUAAUAAUAGUUGUUGGUGGUGUUAAAAACUACAACAGCAUUCAUUGAAUGACUCACUGAAUAAAUAGUCUGAUUUAUUUGUGUUGAAGUGUCAUGUGUCUGCAUGACUGCAUGCUGUGCACUUUGUUCGAUGUAAAGUGAUACCUUUCUUGGAAAUUUCUUCCACAAUACUUCCUAAAUGAUGAAUAGUUAAGGUGCAAGCAACAUGAACAGCCAGCUGCAACUCUCCUUCACUGCAACAUUUGUUCUUAGAAAGGAUCUGCCUGUGUCAAAUAAUGUUCUGGCAUUUGAAAAAGGACCUGCAUUUUCUCUGUUCUUUUCAGUAACACCAUGUGCUACCAGAUCACUGUGGUGAGCUCUAAUUUCACUUUAGCAAUGUUUGCAGAAGGCUUUUUUAUCAUCAUUUGUAACGCCACGAAUCCAUUCCAUUAAACCUUUUUCCGUCUCACGUUCUUUGCGAUUUUUUUUUUACCGUAUUUUCCCCAUUUACCUGCCAUUACAUCCGUGGCCUCAACCACCACUCAACAUUUCCGGUUUAACUUACGUAUGGUCAUUUCUAGAUUGUGACGUGACAUUGAACCCCAAACGCGCCCUUCCAAUCAGGUUUCUUCCUGACUAGCUGACGCUGCAGCGGUCCUUGGGUUGCCAAGGUAUCCCAUCUUGGGAUUAAUCCACAUUAGGAAACGGAACAUUUAUCUUUGUUAAGCCGGGGUUACACUGUGUGAUUUUGGCCACAAUUUGGUCGUCUGAGACAAAUUUUAAAAUCCUAAAGAUUCCUAUAAUCCUAGGCAAAAAUCUGUAGUCUUUGAUCGCUGGUUUGACAUGUUCGCCGACAGCCGAUUAAUGGCCGUUGCGAUCGGUUUUUUCAUCCGAUGAACUUCUAGCAGUGUCAGAAGAUUUCAGAAACUUUCCUGCAGUGUGACUUCUCCUACGAUGACCGUCAAACCAACAACCAAUAGGAGCGCAGAACCUGAUGACGCAAUUAACCACAACUUCAAACCACAUCAGCGAAAAUGUCGAAACGAGUCAGGUGGACCGUCCAGCAAGAAGAGAAACUUGUUGAGUUAUGGAGGGAAAAGGAGUGUUUGUAUGACGUGUCGUCGGUGCUGUAUCAUGACAGGGCUAGAAAGGUAGCGGCUUGGAGAGAGAUGGCUCUGGAAAUACAAAUUUCAGCAUCGGAAGUACAAACAUGUGCAUCAUCGCUGCACACCCAGUUUUCCAAAUUGUUGCACCCCAAACCCAGCGGAAGUGGCACAAAAGAGCUCACAGAACUAGACAGAACUGGAUUCUCAGGAAUUUAGAUUUUCUCAGGUCUCACGUGCAGCCUCGCCAGGGUGUCAGUACACUUAAUCUGGAUGAAAUGUACGACAGUGGAGAUGACCAAGUGCUGCAUAAUGAGGAAUUAGAGGAAUCAGAUACAUCAGAGUCCUCUUCACAUGAUCCAUCACAACCAAGAAGCUCCACAAUCUGGCACAAGCAGAGUCAAAGGCCAAAGCUGAGAGAAGAGGACAAGUUGGAGAGGGAGAAGGUGGACAUCCUGAAGCAAGUUGCUAGUUCUGUCUGUAGCAACACUGAAGAUUCUGAUGACAUUUUUGGCAAACAAGUAGCCAGUGAAAUGCGUCUUCUUAAAAAUACAACCAAGAAAAUACAGGCUAGGCGAGCAAUAAUGAGAGUUUUAUAUGAAGCACAAGAUAGGUUCAUGUCUGCACAGUGUAGGGCGCAAGUACCUUAUCCUCCAGGCCCACCCACUCAGCCUACAUUUUCCCACUUUGUGGAGCAUUCAGCACCACAUCAGCCACUAUUUCAGGUUUCUCCUUACCAACAGACUCCUCUAUCAACAAGCUACACACAGUUGCUCGAUGGACGUUAUACUCAAGGAGGAGAUAAAAACAGUACUGAGUAAAUGUUUUGUGUUAAAAGGUAGUUCAAAUGAAUAAAUAAAUGAAUGGGACCCCAGAUCUGUUUGGUUAUUAACAGUCUUCAAAAUAUCUUCGUUUGUGUUCAUUAAAAGAAAAAAUUUUAUACAGAUUUUAAGCAACUUGAGGGUGAGUAAAUGAUGACAGUUUCAUUUUUGGGUGAACUAUUCCUUUACAUUUUGAAGCUAUGUUUGCACUGUGAUAUCUCAAGAAGUUUACAUAAUUAUUUUUGAAUGUUC